ACACCUCUGGUAUAGCACGGAGUUCCGUGAGCAGUAUCCACUACUAGCGCCCGAAUUCGAAGAGCUUAAACAGUUUCAAUGCCUUUUCUUCUUUAAAUUAAACUUCUUACAUCCUUUGAUUUUGUGGUUGACAGAAUUAGAAAAGGAAGCAACUUUAUCAUCUUGGCUUUUCUGCUUUUGGAUUCUAUAUAAAGAGAGUAGUACGUGGUGAAUCGGAAGAGCAGAAUAUGGAGAUUAUUGAGUGGAAUGAUAUUCCGGUGGAGCUUCUGUUGAGGAUUCUGUCUCUGCUAGAUGAUCGGACGGCUGUGGUUGCUUCUGCCGUCUGCCGCGGCUGGAGAGAUUCCCUUUCUUGGGGCAUCACUCGUCUCUCUUUAUCUUGGUGCAAGAGAAACAUGAACAGUCUGGUCCUUUCUCUGGCUCCCAAAUUCACAAAACUGCAAUCUCUGAUUCUACGACAAGAUGUACCUCAGCUCCAAGACGACGCUGUUGAGGAAAUCACGAGCCAUUGCCACGAACUGCGAGAGUUGGAUCUCAGCAAGAGUUUCCUUCUUACAGACCGGUCUCUGUAUGCCAUAGCUCGUGGCUGUCCCGAUCUCGAGAAGCUCAAUAUAAGUGGCUGCUCGGCCUUCAGUGACUCUGCCCUCGGAUAUCUAACUGGCUGUUGCAGAAAAUUGAAAUUUCUAAAUCUUUGUGGGUGUGUUGGGACUGCCUCUGAUAGGGCCCUAAAGUCCAUUGGAUACAACUGCAACGAAUUACAAUAUUUGAACCUUGGUUGGUGUGAUCGCGUUGGUGAUGAAGGCAUUAUGAACUUAGCCUACGGCUGCCCCGACCUCAGAGCUAUCGACUUGUGCGGAUGUGUUCUCAUAACUGACGACAGCGUAGUAGCUCUGGCCAACAGCUGCCGUCAUCUGAGGUCCCUAGGUCUGUACUACUGCCAGAACAUCACGGAUCGAGCCAUGUACUCGCUGGCACAGAGUCGAAUGAAGGGAAAGCAUGAAGUGUCGUGGGCGUCUGUGAAGAACAGGUAUGAGGAGGAGGAGGAAGGCCUUACGAAUCUGAAUAUCAGCCAGUGCACUGCCUUAACGCCUCCAGCAGUACAGGCGCUGUGCGACUCAUUUCCUGCUCUCCACACUUGCUCGGGUCGUCAUUCUCUGAUCAUCAGCGGCUGUCUCAACUUAACAUCGGUGCAUUGUGCUUGUGCUGUCCAGGCACACCGUGGCUCGACUGCACUGCCUCGCUUAGCUCACUGAAUUCACGGCUGUGUUUAUAGAAUCUUGUUUGUAUGAUAGUGAAGGACUUGGUUGAAUCUUUUUAAACUGCUUCAUCUUGUACAUAACUUUCAUUGUAUAAUAGCCAAGAGAUCAUCGAACUUUUUACCAAAAUUAGGAAUGUAUUUAGAUGGCUAUUGAUCAGAAAAUGAAGUUUAUUUAUACAAAUUCGAAUUUGUGCAGAGUUCAACAAUUUACAUGCUA